UUCUACGAGCACGGGGUCAUCAGAUAGGUUGACAUUUCAAAGUCUUUCCACAUUCAGCUGUCAUCGCAGGAGAGAGGACAGUAUACAUACUUAAAUACAUAUUUUUUAGUUGUUGUUUUUUUUGUUUUUCCUGCGAAGAGACGACUCAGCUUGUGGAGAGGAGGAGGCCUCUGAUUCGGGACAGUAGGCUCUGAUUUCAUUGAUCCGGUUAUGGAUAACUACCUUUAGACCAUUAGACUGGUCCGCAUUAAACACUGGUAGCGUGUAGCCUGUUAAAAGGUAGCCAUUUGAUAACCAUAGAGCAUGCAAAUUAGUUUUAUAUGCACCUGCGUGUACGUGUAACGUUAGACGUUCAGUCAGUAGCUGGCAUGUUGCACGUUAUAUAAACCCGCGUUUAUUAUCCGUUUGUGCGUCCCUGCUGUCUGUGAUUUGGCAACAUAAAAGAGCAUGUGGCCCCAGGCAGCACUAAUGAUCGCUCUGUGCAUCUCACAUUAGCACCUCAGGGAAAGAAAACAAACUAAAUAAACAAAGAUAAGAUCUCAGGGUGUUUAUCUGGGGAACACUGUGAGUCACCACAUAUCUGGAUUUGCUUCAUGUGCUACCUGAUAAUUAAAAAGCAGAAAGCCCAACCACUUGAAUGCAUUAGUUGAACAGAGAUAAAUUUGGGUGAGGGACAGGAGGGGAGGAGGAGGAGGAGGCUGUCUCAAAAGCAGCAAUAAUCUGUGGCAAUAAAUUCUGCAACCAACAGGAAACAGUUGCUGGCUUGAGCCAAAGACAAGCGAGACGCUCGCAGUGGUUCGGCGGGACUGUUAGGACCACAGAAGCACAUUUGGGAGUGUGAGGAAGGCUUCUGUAGACGGAUACGUUUUGCACUUUACCAUGCAUGUUUAGCUGCUAGCCUCCUGACACGUGAUAACAGCCUGCACUUUACAGCUUUUGAAAUUUACACAGUCUUCUUAAGAUAUAAAAGAAAACCUUUGCAAGUGUCCGUUGAGUCUUUGCAAACUCCGAGGUGCUCGGUUUAUCGCUUUCUGAGGGCGCCUUGUCAAGGAAACUGUAACAUCUGGUGACAUGGCGGCGUUACACGUCCUGCUCCUCUCUCUUCUCUGCUCCCUGGUCGUGGACCGGUGUCACGGAGCCUGUGCAGAGGUGGACUCUGACACGGAGGCCGUGGCAGGCCAGGGCUUCAAACUGGGCUGCAUCUCCUGCAAGAGGAGGAGCGAGGUGGAUGGUGCUGCCACUGUCGAAUGGUACUUCAGGGCCAAAGGGGAAGCCGAUUUUGUUCAUAUCUACACCUACAACGAGGACGGCCCCACCGUCGAACACGAACACUUUCUGGACCGUUUGGACUGGAACGGAAGCAAGAGGAGCAAUGACAUCCAAGACGCAUCCAUAUACCUGCUUAACGUCACCUUCAACGACACGGGCACCUACCGCUGCUUCUUCAACCGCAUCCUCUUCUACAGCAACUACGAGUACAACACCGUCGUCAGCAAGGUGGUGCACCUCUCUGUGGUGGCUAAAGCCACCAGAGGAACAGCUUCCAUCGUGUCCGAGGUCAUGAUGUACGUGUCCAUCAUCGGCCUUCAGGUCUGGCUCCUCAUAGAGAUGAUUUACUGCUACAGGAAAAUAGCAGCAGCCGGGGAAGAAGCGCUACGAGAAGCUGCAAAUGCUGAAUAUUUAGCGAUAGCCUCAGAAAGUAAAGACAACUGUGCAGGAGUGCAGGUCGGAGAAUAGCACAGGCUUCUUCCAUGGGCUGAAAUCAUCCUUCCACCCUCUGACCUGCAUGUAGACACCUUGGGAGACAACGUCAUCUCAAGUCUCCGUUUUACCUUUUCCUUGACGAAGAUCACAAGUGGAUAUGGCAUACAAAGAGAGCAUGGUACCAGCACUGUAUAUAGUAUUCUGCGCGCAACAGCAUGUCUUGAACUUACAUGAGAAACCAUUAUGCAUUAAUGAGCCACAAUGUCAAAGCAUAUACUGUGCUCACAGUAUUUCUUCAAGUAUGUGUAGUCACACGUUUAUACAAAAUGUAAGGGGCACUACGGCAGUCUGUUGGACUCCACGAAGCUGAUGGUAAAAGAAAAGCUUUUUACUACAUCGUCACCACCUAAUGUAUAAAUAAUGAGAAACACAACACGUAUGGUAAAGUAAUUUAUAAAGAUAGACUGUGAUGGACUGCAAUAGGCUGUUGUAGUUGUAUAUUUGAUGAAAUCUUAAGAUGUACUAAUAAAAACUGAAAAAGUA